CUGCAGAUCGCGAACCUUUUCAUCAGAAACAUAGCACCUGGAACAUCUGAGCUAGCUCUCAAGCAACUAUUCGGUGGCGAAGAAGCGGGAGUUGCACGUGUGAAGAUCCAACGAACCUAUGGUUUCGUACGUUUCAAUAAACGAACUCAAGCAGAAAUCGCUAAGGAGAAACACAAUGGCGCGCUUCUGAAUGGAAGUCGCCUAGAGGUUUCAUGGGCUCGCCCGCCACCUCCUGGACGAACCACCAAGAAAACACCUCCGAUUGGGAAACAUCGACUGUUCACCAUGAAUCCUAGCAUUAUGCAACAACCAAUGUGCGUCAAGACCUCCGAAUUUGUUAUUUCAUCUCCUUGUUCGUAA